AUGAUCGCCGUUGGCAGCGCUUUACCUCCAGAGGCAAAUAUGCCACCACCUAACUCCACCUUUCCACAAGCAGAUCGAAACCGCAACCAAUCAUGUGGACACUCCACGCGCAAGAAACGACGGGCACGACGGGAACUACCCAACGCCACGGCCGAAAACGUCCAGACAUGGCUGGCCAUGGUGCUCUACCGUCGGUCCCAUCCAGACCCCCAGCGCAUCCUAGACAAGCUACCGUGGACGGGUCGGGACCUGCAUCGUGCUACUUACCUGACGACGAGAUAUCGGCUGCGAACCGAAUCUGACGGCUGGCUUAUUGCCUACGACAUCUCUGAUGCUGUGAAGCAAUCACGCCGACGGGCGAGGUUACGAAAGAAAGGGCUUGAAUCUAGAAAGGCUACGCUAGAGUAA